CUCUGGAAAUGAAAGCAAGGUCUUAAUUCCCGCAGAUAUUUUGGUAAAAGCUUCAUUUUGUAGAUUUCUUAACAGCUUUCGAUGUCGGAAUUUCUGAGACCAUUUUUGUUCCGUAUCGGUGCGGCAUCGCUUUGCUGAGAGCUUCAAUUCUUUCAUUUUAAAGAGAGCAACACAAGAAGGAAGUUAUGGGCGUGGAUUUUUUCGGCUGGGUUCCACUAGUCAUUAACAAAUGCUUUCCAUGGCUGAUGGAUCUUUGGGAAGAUUGGAGCAUCCAAUUACUAGUACUCACUGGCCUCGUGUUUCAAAUAACUCUGGCCAUCUUUGGCGGUCGGAGGAGGUAUAUGACCGGCCUACCAAUAAGGUUUGUUGUAUGGUCCUCCUACUUGCUUGCCACUUAUGUCGCUGCCCUAGCUCUCGGCAAGCUCACGGUAAUCCGUGUUGAUGAUCCAGAAAAACCCGAGUAUGACACAGAGCUAAAGGCACUCUUGGCGCCAUUGCUUCUGAUGCAGCUCGGUAACCCAGAUAGCAUAACCGCGUACUCGGUUGAAGACAACCGGCUAGGGAUAAGACAAGUACUAAACUUUGUCUUCUCCGUUGCUUUCGUGCUUUGGAUCCUUAUUCGUUGUUGGGAGACCUCAGCCGCUGCUUCAUUGUACUUCCCAAUCUUUGUCGCCGGGAUGAUCAAGUAUGGAGAAACGAUUUGGGCUCUCAAAUCGGUGUACAGCGAAAACAUGAGUAUAACCUCGGAGGACAUUGAUGAAGAAAAGAACAUCCCCAAUUUGAUCCAAAAACUACCAACCAACAUCCCAGACUUAGAUAUCUUCGUGAAGGCUUAUUACCGGUUCGACACUUUGAAGCCCCACCUUGAGAACUGGCUCUACCACCCCAUGUUCAUGUCACGCCAUUGGAUGUCAAUAGAAGAAUACAAUGUGGAGAAUGCCUAUUUGACAACUGCCAUCGAGCUAGGAUUUAUGUACGACGUCCUCUAUACUAAGGGUCCAGUUCUUUAUACUAAACUCGGCAUCACAUUGCGGUUCAUUAGUUUCUUCAGUUUGGUAUCGACCUUAAGUGGGUUUGCAGGAAUUUUUCAAAAUUCAUUCUUGCUUGAUAUGUAUGUGGCCUAUACAUAUGCACUGCUGAUUGGGGUGAUAGUUUUGGAAAUAUACCAAAUCCUGGCUCUGCCAUAUUCAGAUUGGGCAAUAGUGAAGAUGGUUGAGCAUCACAGGAAGCCGUUGGUGAAAACUUUUCUACUUUUUCUCGUGAAAAUGUCCAUGAAAAAGCAAAGAUCAUCCGAUAUGAUCGGGCAGUUCAAUAUGUUAGACUAUUGCCUGCAUGAUAAAUGGUUGAAGUUCAUCAAAAUCCCUCAAUUUGUUGGCCAGGAGGAGCAGUUCAAGAGAUAUUUGAAAUCCACUAGCAAAGCAAUCGACACAGAUCUGAAAGAACUACUCCUCAAAGGUAUGAAGGAUUUGGAGGGAAAAAGAUGUCUAAAACCCUUCACUAGUAGAGGCCAAUGGACGCUCGAGCUUCACAAUUCAUUGGAAGAACUAAAAUGGAGCAUUGAGACAGCAUUCGACAGAAGCAUCAUCACAUGGCACAUGGCAACAGAUAUUUGCUAUCACUCGAAUUUUCAGGACUCAAAGAAUUGCUCGGGAAGUAAGCUACUGUCAGAUUACAUGAUGUACCUCCUCGCAAUACGGUCUUAUGUGUUGUCGCUCCCCACCAAUGAGAUCACCUUUGAGCAUGCUCACUCAAGGGUCAAGAAAUUUCUGGCGGUUUCAAACUUAAGCAACAGAGACACGGCCUUGAAAAAGUUAUCAACCGAAUGUGUGCAAGAAACUGACCCGGAACCUGGCACGGGCCCUAUAAUCUUCAAAAAGUGGCAUGUCCUUGAGGAGGCGCAAAGACUAGCGGGCCUGCUGAAUAAUAAGAACGAUCCAUGGAAGCUUAUAAGCAGCGUUUGGGUGGAGAUGGUGUGUUACACAGCGUAUAAUUGCCUGAUUUAUAACCAUACGAAGCUGUUGAGGCGAGGUGGAGACAUUCUAACCCAUGUGUGGCUUCUGCUAGCUCACAAGACAGACAAGUUUAAUUCUAUGAAACUCAUAACCCAAGAGACUUGAGUUUAAGCAAGGGCGUCCAAGAAUCAGCGGGAACAAUCACAGUUCAUUUGACAUUCAUAAUAAUAGAUACUCAGUUCUCAUCAUUCAAAUAAUUAUGAUUGAUCUCCUUCAUCCAUUAUUUCUAUCUUUCUUUUCCUAAUUCUAUCUUAUAUACAGGGACUGCAGCCAACGAUUUGGGGCGAUUUGCUCAGUCAGUUCAUGUUAUUUACAUUGAAGUUUAUUUUGGACUUAAAGAUCAUUUCUUUUGUGUCGCCUUGUCUUUGA